UCAGCCCGGAAUAUUUUUCCCGUAGAUUGGUCUUCACACGAGUAUGGACUUGGGUGUGCCCAUAAAGUAGCCUGGCUUCAAUAAGGAAGGAUUUGAGGAGGGGGAAAGAGGUUAUUGGAGAAAAAAAGAAGCUUUGCGUCGGCGCCGACGGUUGUCUGGACUGGAGUGAGAGUGGGCCAUGGCAGCAAUCCGGAAAAAGCUGGUGAUUGUGGGAGAUGGUGCCUGUGGGAAGACCUGCCUGCUGAUUGUGUUCAGCAAAGACCAAUUCCCAGAGGUCUAUGUACCAACUGUCUUUGAAAACUACAUUGCAGACAUUGAAGUAGAUGGGAAACAGGUGGAGCUGGCCCUUUGGGAUACAGCUGGGCAGGAAGACUAUGACAGGUUGCGGCCCCUCUCUUAUCCAGACACAGAUGUUAUCCUUAUGUGCUUCUCCAUUGAUAGUCCAGACAGUUUAGAGAACAUCCCAGAGAAAUGGACUCCCGAAGUGAAACACUUCUGUCCUAAUGUGCCCAUCAUCCUUGUGGGGAAUAAGAAGGACUUGCGCAAUGAUGAACACACUCGCAGGGAACUGGCAAAGAUGAAACAGGAGCCAGUGAAGCCAGAGGAAGGGAGAGACAUGGCAAACAGGAUCAGUGCUUUUGGCUACCUUGAGUGCUCAGCCAAGACAAAGGAUGGCGUGCGGGAAGUGUUUGAAAUGGCCACUCGGGCUGCCUUGCAAGUCAGGAAGAACAAGAAGCGCAAAGGCUGCCCCCUCCUGUAAAAGGGAAGCCCCAGCAAAUGAUGUGACUGUGCUGUCAGAAGUGUAUCUGUCCCUUUCCAUGCACUCCACGGAUGUGAAUGUGGGGUCAGAGUGGAGAGAAGAGCUGUUAGCUCCGUCUAGAGUAAAAAAAGUAACAUGCUGGCUGCUUCCUUUACCCCUCUGCACAGUAAAGCUUCCUGGGACACACAGUGUAGGUAUCUUCAUGGUUUGUUCCUGUGCUGUGUACCCAGGCUGCUCUCCCCAGCUUGCCCAAGGGCCAGAGAUGUCUUUGGAAUCCUCUUUGUAAACAUUUUCCUUUUUGUAUUGAGGAGGCAGUGCACCUGAACUAAUUCUGUAUUGCUCUUCGCUCCCAUUUUAUAUUAAUCCUACUGUUCAAUUCACCAGUGCUUAAUCUUGUCUUCCUGUGCUUGCAAAUUAAGGAGGCUAGAUUUCUGAAUAUUGCAGUCUGAGAAUGUAGAGGCAGCCUCUGGUUUACAGGUGAAUGCACUGGCUUCUCUUCACAAACUUACUUAAGGCAAGGGGUAAGUCUUGCCAAAAUGCCUUCUGUAUUCCCAUAAGGAGCUGUGCUCUGUAGUGGUAAGAAAUAAUCUCUGCUUCUUUGGGGGGUAGUGCCUUGUGUUCUGGCAAUACAAUAUUCUCACCUCCGUCAUUAAAUUAAAUCAACCUUAA